AUAAGGCAUAUAUUGCAACCGGACAUGCCUGGUGCUGAGAGAAAAGGGAAGUUGGACCGCAUACACAGGAUGUAAGGAUGAGCACACACACAGGACACAUCUUGUGAGAAGCAAAAGAGGAAGUACUAGGUAUGAACCGAACAACACCCUAGGAGACAAGGGGGAUAAAAGGUUCUGCACAAGGAGGAUCGGGGUUAUUCAUCGGCCGGCUCUCGGGUUCAAGACUUGCUGAUCGAUCGACCACAUCGGAGCAACUCAUCUUUGAACUUAGAAUGUCAACUCAAGAGAUAGAGCAACGAACAAGCCUAACAUCGCAGAAAGAGAAGUCCAACAAUCUAAAGCUGAGACGGGAGUGUCGAGCAGAGGAGGAUUAACCAUCUCCACCCGGCUUUAGGAUUCCAAUUGAUCACCAAGGAUCACUCUUUAGUUCACCCUGCCAUCAGAGACUGCACUGGCAGGCAUGGAAAGACUGUAUUGGCCAGUGCACCUCUUCCCUCUCUCUCUUCAAACUGGACAUUUAACCCUUCAGCUACAGCCUUCUCAUCAGGUAAAAAUGAAGAUUGCAGCCUUCAAUGUCCAGAGACUGGGAAUGGAUAAAGUCGGAAAUAAGGAUGUGCGGGAAAAACUUAUCAAGAUUGUGUCUCGGUACAGCGUGGUGGUGAUGCUAGAGGUGGUGGAUCAAACUGGCGAGGCCAUGAAAUUUUUCCUCCAAGAACUCAAUAAGAGCGGACCUCAUCUGUACGGCAUAAGGAGCAGCCAAUCUCUGGGACGAAGCACCUACAAAGAGAAGUUUGUCUUCUUCUUUAGAAGGAAUGAGGUGACGUUGAUCAACUACCACCAGUACAAAGAAACAGCUGAAGACACUCUCGCCAGAGAGCCCUUCAUGGUGCGGUUCGAGUGUCUUGAUACAGUUGUGAAGGAUCUGGUUCUGAUCCCAGUCCACACCAAACCAGAGGAUGCAGAAAUAGAGCUGGACGCUCUGGAGGAUGUGGUUGAAGUUGCGAGAAAAAAAUGGAAGUCUGAUAACAUUAUGAUUCUGGGGGACUUUAAUGCCGAUGGACGUUACCUCUCCAAGAAGGAGAAGAAAAGGAUCAGCAUCUUCUCUCCUGACUACCAUUGGCUGAUAGGUGAUGAUGUCGACACCACGACAAGUAACUCUACUGACCACACCUACGACAGGAUUGUGGUGUUUGGAGAUGACAUGUAUGACGCUGUGGUUCCCCGCUCAGCUCGGGCUUUCAACUUCCAGAAGGAAUACCGUCUGUCUGAUGCCAAAACUAAAGCCAUCAGUGACCACUACCCUGUGGAGGUGGUGCUGAGGGAGAACUAACAUCAACAAAUGAGCUCCAAAGGGACAUCAGAAGAAGACGGAUGUCCCAGCAGAUAACCUCAUCAUGACACAUUAGACAAUAUACGUAUUUUUGUGGUUUCUUUGUCCUUGAAAAGUUUUCUUUUCUCUUUGUCUGAUGUUCAAAAACAGAACAUGGCUGGUAUUAAAAUCCAACCAACCUCAGCUACGACGAUGCAAACAGAACAACAGCUAGCUGUUUCCAGAUGUGUGUGAGUGUGUGUGUCGGCAAUGAGAGACGGUUUCCACCCGCCACUUUUUAGCUGCCUUUUUUAUUUGAAUCUCCACCUUAAAGACCAGCGGUUCCCAAUCUGAGGGUCGGGCCCCUCCGGAAGGUCACCAGAUAAAUCUGAAGAGUUGUGAUGUGAUUUUAUUUUUUCAUUCAGUUUAUUUUUUGGUUUUCCUGAAUUUUUGGGUAAUCUCAAAUAGAUUCAGAUGUUUUUGUAGUAAGUGAGAUUGAGAACCAAAUAAUGGAUUAAAUUAUUCUUCAGUGUUUCCCUCUGAAAAGUGGAGCAGACGUAUAAAGUAUAAAUGAGAGAAAUUGAUGUUAUAGACACUUUAAGUAAAUGUUGUCUCAGCUACAUCUUAUCACCACUCUGUAAACAUUCAGCUUUGAUCCAUUAUCCCCAAACUCCAAAGGACUUGACUGUACUUGAACCCUGGACCUUAAUUCUUCCACUUUUUAAGGGUUUAUGUUCUAAGCAGCUAUAGUUGCUGGUUCACCUCAAGCUAUUUGGCUUCAUGGGUUGAUGAUUAAAGUGCAUUUGUCUGUCAUGGAGUCAGGUGUCUCAUUACAGUGGUGUCUUGGAAGUUUAAAGCUUUUCAAGGCAUCUCCUGCACUGUAACAUUUAAAGUAAAAGAGAAACUGGUCGAGACAGACGACCACCCACCUAGAGCCGAAGGAUCUGUCCUAGGUUUCUGCCUUUUAACAGGCAGUUUUUCCUUGCCCCCUUCGCCAAGGUCUUGCUCAUGGUGGUACUGUUGGGUCUCUGUAAAUAAUGUUAUAAAGAGUCCGGUCUAGACCUGCUCUAUUUGAAAAGUGUCCUGAGAUAACUUCUGUUAUGAAUUUACGCUAUACAAAUAAAAUUGAAUUGAAUUGAAUCGAAUUGAA